AUGCGGGGCCGUGAUUCUAACUUGGGCUUGUCUUUUGAGCCUUGGACCAGGAUUGCACAAAUUAAAUAUUCCAGUCCAUAUAUACGAUAUCUUGAUGUUGCAGAUGCUGUGAAACGGAGAACACUGCCAGCUUGGAUUCGUGAGGGACUGGAGAAGAUGGAACGAGAAAAGCAAAAAAAACUUGAAAAAGAAAGGUUAGAAAAAGAGCGUGCUCAAUCGUCAAAACACAAAAAAGAUCCAGAAGAGGUUCCUGAAGAAACUGAUGGGCCACGAUUGCCUCACAAAAGUAAAUUUGACAGUGAUGAAGAAGAUGAGUUUGAAACCACUGAAACCAAAAUUAGCGACAAACCAAGUAGGAGUCCCUCGCCAGUUGCUCAGGAAGAACAAAGCGAACCAGAAAUGACUGAAGAAGAAAAAGAAUUUCAGAUGAUGAUAAUGAUGAAGACUUUGCUUACAGAAGUUCUUUUAGAAGUAACAAAUGAAGAAAUCUAUUAUGUUGCCAGAGAUGUUCAUCGUAAAGCUACUAAAGCUCCUGCAAAGCAGCUGGCACAGUCCAGUGCACUGGCUUCUCUAACUGGACUUGGUGGACUGGGCGGGUAUGGCUCUGACAGUGAAGAUGAAAGGAGUGAGAGAGCCUCUGAAUCCUCUGACACAGAUGAUGAAGAACUACAUCGUAGAAUCAGACAAAAGCAGGAUGCCUUUCGACGUAAAGAAAGGGAAUUACAGCUUCUACAACAGCAACAGGAGAAACAAAUGGAAGAUGCAAAACAUCAACAAGAAGGCAAAUUUUUCAGGGAGGUGGAUAUUAAAGAACAGAAUAAAGAACAUAGUGGCAGUACAGUAAAGCAGGAUGGGAAAGAAAAAGAGUGUGAAACUGUCACUGAAAAGAAAAGAACUCAGAGCGAAACUGACCCCAACUUAGAAAUGAGUAAAAGUUUGAGUGAGAAAAAUUUGAAGGAAAAAUCUUCAAGAAACAGAAGCUCCUCCAGCAGCAGUAGUGGGAGUAGCAGCACCAGUGGCACCACUAGCAGCAGUAGUAGAUCCAGGAGUUCGACUUCCAGCAGCAGUACAGAAAGCAGUAGUAGCUCUUCCUAUUCCUUUUCUCCCAAGAGAAAGAAAAAGUGGAGCCGUAGCAGAUCCCCCUCCCGUAAAACUAGACGGACAAGCAGAAGCCAAAGUUACACUCGCAGGCACAGAAGGGAAAGGAGCAGAAGCCGUGAUCGACUCAGAAGAAACAGUAGAAAUGGGAGUUGGGAAAGACACAGGCAUCGUAGUGGGUCCCGAAACAGAAGAAGUGGAGAUAGGCAUAGAAGUAGAAGCAAGAGUGAUGUCAAGCGUGUAAGUCGCAGUAGGAGCAAGGAAAGACGUAGGAGUCCUGAAAGGCGUAGGAGUCAUAGCAGAGGGAGGAUAAGACAAAGGGGAAGUAGUAAAGACAGGGAUAGGAAAAAAAAUAGGAAUGGAAGUUCAGAGCGGGUUAAAAAGAGAGAGGAGAAGAAAAGGGAAAAAGAGAAGGAUCAGGACAAAAAGAAAGACAAACAGAGAAAGGAUAAGCAAAAGGAGGAUAAAGACAGCUGUAAGUCCAGCAGUCAAGAUGAGAGUAAGUUGAAGCGGAAGAGGGAGUCAGAGCGGACUUAUGCACACAGUAGCUCCAGUAAACUGCCACAACAAUAUUCCAGGCAGGAUAGCAAGUCCAGCAAGAAAGGAUCUACAAAGGAUGGUAAAAAGUAUUCUGACACCGAAUCUAGUGCAAGGAGCAGCUCACAUUCUCCAGUUAGCAGCAGAGAGAAGAAGGCAAAGAAAUCGAAACGCAGUCGCUCAAGAUCAGUGGAAAAAUCUCAAAGGUCUGGUAAGAAGGCAAGCCGCAAACACAAGUCUAAGUCACGAUCAAGGUCGAGGACACCCAAUAAUCGUAAGCAUUAAGGGG